AUGGCUGCCAGGUGCAAAGUUGGGAUCGAAAAGGUUACUGGAAAACCACAGCAGCUGAUUUCAUGGAAAAAUUCACAAGAUCCAUCACCUGGUGUGUUCUCGUUGGGGUUAGACCCAAAUGGAAGCCAUCAAAAUUUCUUAGAGUGGAACAGAUCCCAAAUCUAUUGGAGUUCUGGACUUUGGAAUGCAACAUCUCUCAGCUCACUUUCUGAAAGGAGCUUUAUCAUAAACUACACUUUGGUGUCAAGUAAAAAUGAAAGUGAGAGAUAUUUUACUUACUCUCUUCGUAAUCCUUCUACCCUUUCUAGAUAUCGAGUUGACCAAGCAGGACAGAUGAGGGAACUGGUGUGGCUAUCUGCCCUUUCCAUUUGGAGUAUAUUUUGGUCUGCACCGACGAACCUAUCUGAUGUUUACGCUUUGUGUGGUGCAUUUGGCAUGGUACAAUGCCCUGAGAAUUUCUCAAACCCUUGUGAGUGUCUAAAAGGUUUUGAACCAUUUUCAAUGAACUACACUAGACUAAAUGAUUGGUCAGGCGGUUGUGUGAGGAAAUCUCUUUUGCAAUGUGAGAAUAAUAGGUAUGCUAAUGGAAAAAAAGAUUGGUUCAUGCAAGUAUCAAACAUGCGAUUGCCUGUUUAUUCGAAAGUAUAUAAUUUGGCCUUGAAUGCUAGCAGAUGUGAAUUGGCUUGCAUUGAAAAUUGUUCUUGCGCAGCUUAUGCUUAUAAUAGGAGUGGGUGUAUGAUAUCGGAAGGAGCUCUUUUGAACUCGCUGCAACUUCCAUAUGGUAGCGAAAUUGGACAAGAUAUCUACCUUAGAUUUGCUACUGAUGAGUAUCCAGAUCCAAGUACAAAAGAUCAAACAAGACAGAGUUGUUCAAGUAAUAAUCUACUAUUAUUUGAUUUUGAUACUGAACUCCAUACAAUCAAUGAUGGAAUGAACACCGAAAAUAAUACGAAGAAACGAGAGAAGAAGGAUGCUGAGUUACCAUUAUUCAGUUAUGAGAGUGUAUUAGCUGGAACAAAUAAUUUCUCAGCUGUGAAUAAACUUGGAGAAGGAGGUGUUUUGAACCUAUCUACAAGCUUUGGAGUAUUGCUACUAGAGAUUGUGAGUGGCAGGAAGAAUACUGACUUCUCUAACAGUGAUUCACUCAAUCUUCUUAGUUAUGUUUGGGAGUUGUGGAGAAAUGGUCGAAGUUUGGAGUUGACGGACCCAACAACAGGAAAUCCUUCCUCUACUUCUAUUCUAUCAAGAUUCAUUAACAUCGGGUUUCUCUGUGUACAAGAAAGCUCCAUUGAUCGACCUACCAUGGUUGAUGUAGUCUCAUUUAUUAGCAAUGAAUAUACGCCUCUACCUAUACCAAAGCCUCAAGCUUUUUGCAUAGACCAAAAUACGACAGUUGUCAAUGUAGAAAAUUGCUCAAGAAACAAUAUAACUAUUUCAAUAAUGGAAGCCAGAUAG